GUUGCAUUAGCGCGGCUGUGGUACAGCCGUACAGCUCUCUUGAGUUCAGACGGGAGAAUGCCGGUGUAGCACAAUAUUUGUUUCAAUGUGUCUACAAGGUUUGCAUUGUAUAAGAUAUUCAAGUGUGGACUGCACUAGUUUUAGCUAAGACGUAAGCCACUGAGCUGAAACUGAUACUUACCACUGGAGAAGCCGCAGCUAACAGGAAAUCCACCACAAAUAACUUGUCAGAUCAACUAGCGAUUGCAAACUUUAUAUUGCCUUGGCAUUCGUCGUCCGUUUCUGAAGUUUCUGGCACUUGCAUCGAAUACAUUAUUCUGGUACCAUGGCCUCACGAGAAGGUCCUCGAGCUGCUGGAACAGAUGGGAGUGACUUUCAACAUAGAGAAAGAGUCGCAAAACACUACCAAAUGAGUGUGGCCCUGAAGUCGGAGAUCCGCAAGCUGAACAUCCUGCACGUGGUCAUCUGGCUGCUGGUCCUGGCCCAGGUGACGGUGAGCCAGCUGCACCUGGUCUCCCACAGCGUGGUGGCCAGCCCCUACCAAUGGGAGUACCCCUACCUGCUCAGCGUGCUGCCCACGGCGCUCAGCUUCGCGGCCAUGCCGCGCAACAACAUCAGCUACCUGGUCAUCUCCAUGAUCAGCGCGGGGCUCUUCUGCGUGGCGCCCAUCAUCUACGGCGGCAUGGAGAUGUUCCCCGUGGCGCAGCAGCUCUACCGCCAUGGCAAGGCCUACCGCUUCAUCUUCGGCUUCUCGGCCGUGUCCGUCAUGUACCUGGUGCUGGUCAUCGCCGUGCAGGUGCACGCCUGGCAGAUAUACUACAGCAAGCAGCUACUGGACUCCUGGUUCACCUCCACGCAGGACAAGAAAAAGAAGUAGAAGGGAAGACGAGACGAGACGAGACGGGACGGGACUGCUAACUGGCUAUUCGUUGACGCUAGCAUCGCACAGUGUGAUUAUUGCUCUGUUUGUCAGUCUUGUAACAGGACAAGAGGAAAUUAGAGGGGGGGGCGGCUAUAUUUAUGUAUACAUCGUCAUCAACAGAAUGGGAUUAACUCAAGUCAAUUUGACAGUCAAUUACCCCUACACUCAGGACAAGAAGGAAUUAGAGGGGGCCGGCUAUAUUUAUGUACCGGUAUACAUCGUCGACAGAAUGGGAUUAACUCAAGUCAAUUUGUCAGUCAAUUAUCCCUCACCUGCACCCUGGACAAUAAGUGGAAAUGAUAAGACUAGACGAGGCUGGCUAUGGAUAUUUAUACAAUGAAAGAUUGUUCUUAUUGCUGUAUUUGUCCCUCAUUUUGAGUAAAUGAGUGCAGUUGCAUGUACAGAGUAUUCUGGCAGUUGCCAUCUCUGAUUCCGGUUUCAAACAGAAUGUUAUCAGUAUUUGGUUUUAAAACGAGUUCCCUAAUAUUUCCGUUUACAUUUGUGGAGCAGCGUUCUGUAACCGGAAUAUUCCCGGAACAUGUUCCAUAUUUAGAACGAAUCAAGACUAAACAUGACUCAUGCGCAAACCAAAUACUCCCACUGUUCUGUUUAAAAUUUCUUGCAUGUAUUCCUUACAUGUAACUGCGCUCAUUUGAUGUGAUUACUACUCUUAUUUGUCAGUCAGUUAUCCCUAACCAUUCAUUUUAUCAUGGUUUUAUAAUUGAGUCCAUAAAGGUUAGAAAUGCCCUGUGUUAUGUGACUGAGCAAGUUGAUCUUUUCACAAGCCAUCUCACUUCAUCUCAUUUUGAACUACAACUACAAUGUUGCCAAUGACAGACCUCUGUUUAUCAUCUUCACAACUUGUUGUACAGUAUUCUGGAUCUGUUAGCUUCUUCUUCACCUCUUCUCCCCAUCUUGACAGUGUAGCGGUUCAGUGCCAAGUAAGGAUGUCAUUUUGGUAUCACUUUACUUGACGCUGGUGUCAUAAGCAUGUCAUUACAGUGUCAUGAUGGUGUCAUAAUAGUGUUAUGCACGUGUCAAGUCUUUACCUUAACCGAAUGUCACUUAAGGCCAACAGUCAAAGAAUGUUUAUGACAUGGACAUAACGUUUAUGACUUAUCUAUGACUGUGUCAUGACAUUAUUAUUACACUGUAAUGACAUGCUUAUGACACCGUUGUUAAGUUAAGUGUUACUGUAAUUUUUCUGUCCAGUAGGGGUAGGAUGGGAUUUUACUCAUCAAAAUAAGAACCAUUCAGAGAAGGAACUCUACUUUAGGAACUCUACUGUACUACUGAAACCCAUCUCUGAACACACACGGGAACAUAGCAGUACACACACACACACUUUUCUCUGUUGCCUCAUGUCUCCAAACACAGUUUAAUUAUUAAUAAACAAUCGACUGAAAGGUUGAUUUCUUGGCCUUCCUUCUUUCCAUCUCAA